CUUCGACAAGAUGAACUUUCUACCGUGGAAGAAAGAGUAAGCACAACUUCCAUCUAAACACCACGACGCAUUGUGAGUUAACGGGGAGAAGCCGGGUUGCACGAGGGAGGGCUGGCUACUAAUACUUCUACAACUACUGCUGCUGUUUGAUCGUUUGAGGACCAAAGAAGACUGUGUGGGGGACUCGUACUGCAAAAUCAUAAAGCAACGGUAGGAACAAGCAGCAGCAAAAGUGAGAACCUUUAAGCGUAUUUAUAUCAGAUUUUUCUGAGGAGCUGGCGUCCAAAAAUGGUGUCUUUAGAGGAGCUGACCGUUGUGUUGGGCCAAGCAUUGUCCCAGCAGCAGGCCGACGUUAAAAUUGCCGAAGCUAAAUUAAGCAGUUAUGAGGUACAGGCCGGCUAUCAUCAUGCCCUCAUGACAAUCUUCUGCAGUCCUUUGAAAGAAAUUAGCAACGAAAUUCGGUGGAUGGCUGUUGUCUGUCUGAAAAAUGGCACCAACAAAUACUGGCGUCGAAAUGCCCCUGGUGGCAUUGGUGAGGAAGAGAAGAGUGCUAUUAGAAACAUGCUCCUUCAGGCAAUUACCAUGGAGCUCAACCAACAGUUAGCGUUACAGGUAUCUCUAGUUAUCGCUAAAAUAGCUCGUUACGACGUCCCAACAGACUGGCAACCGCUGGUUCCGUUUUUAAUGUCGAACUUGGAUUCACCGGCAGGUUACCAAGCGUCGUUAGCAUUAUACCACGUCGUCAAAACGUUAACGACCAAGCGAAUGCUACACGAUCGACAUAUGUUCUACGAUCUUUCAAUUCAAAUCUACGACCCGAUUAUCGGUUGUUGGAAAGCUACAACACAGGCAUUUGUGAUGGAUAAUUCCAAUAUCCUUAUGAUUCAGAGGUCUCUGCUGUCUUUGAAGAGUAUCAAGCUUCUUCUUGUUCACGGCAGUAAAAACGGCCUUGAGCAGCGGCUGGCCGACUGUUUUGCAGAUUUGUUCGACUGGCUUCUGACGAUGCUGAAAUACCGAGCGCACUACUGUCAAGCAGAACCGCUCGCGACGGUAUUGACGAAGUGGUGCCUGCAGUGUUCAAAGAUCCUCCUCGAGGUUCAAAAGACACACUCUAUGGCUUAUGUUCCCUACGUAAAAAAUUCGUUUGAACUUGCACUUCAGUUUGCCUUCAAUAAGGACUGGCGGAAUGUGAUGUUUGAACGAUGUCUCGUUAACGCCUUCAACCUUCUCAAGGCAUGCAUUGACGAGCCAUUUUAUCGUGGCAAGAAGAGUGAAGAAGAUCCGGCAAUAGUUGCAAAAUAUGCACCGGGCUCGGUUUCAUCGAACGAUCUUGUCGUCCAAUUUUUCAAGGUCGAGGUAGUUGCCGAAUUCAUCCAGCGCCUGAUAUUUGAUUUUUUCCCUAUUUCGACUGAUGAACUGGAACGGUGGGCAACUGAUCCGGAAAAUUAUGCCACGCAACAGGGGGGCGAUCUAUGGAAAUAUUCAAUUCGGCCGUGCAUCGAAAGCCUGUUCCUCACCGUGUUUUCGGUGUUUCGUCCAAUCGUCAUGCCAAUCGUAAAAAAUCUCGUUACUCAACUCCAGCCGUUAAUGGUCGAGCCAACGUAUGAAGAAGCUCAACGGCGACAAGCCAUAUACACUGCUGUAGGUUUGGCUUCGUAUAACCUCUACGACGAAGUCGACUUUGAUAAGUGGUUUUUGCAACAGCUCAUCCCCGAGCUGAAGGUGAACCACAAAAACUAUCUGAUCGUUCAUCGAACGAUACUUUGGAUGCUAGCGCAAUGGUCCGACGUGAAGUUAUCCGAGGAAUUGCGACCAGCACUAUACGAAACGUUGGCCGUAUUCAUGGGACGCGAGCAUGACAUCGUCAUUCGUUUGUCUGCGUGCCUUUCGUCGAAGACGGUCGUCGAUCACUUUGACUUCUCUGCUGAAGCAUUUGUUCCUUUCUUGGGCCGUUAUAUGUUCGCCUCUUUUCAUCUAUUAGUUGAUUUAACCGAAUGCGAGGGCAAAUUAGUCGUGCUACAAACGAUGGCCUACAUUCUUGAGAGAAUGGGUGACGCAUGUCAACCCUUCAUUCCGGAACUCGUCACAUUCUUACCACCACUGUGGGAUCAAGCGGAGGAACACAACCUUUUACGAGCAGCUGUCGUCGGUGUGCUUGUUCGCGCCGUUGACGCCAUGGGUCCUGAUAGUGUACAUAUGUAUCCAUUCACACUGAAGAUUAUUGAGCACAGCGUCAACGUUGAGGAGCCACAACAUGUUACCCUCAUGGAGGACGCGCUUGAUUUGUGGCGCGCAGUUCUCGAACAAUCCCCAGAAGAAAACGAUGACCUGUUGGCAUUAGCCAAAUUCAUCCCGCCGAUUCUUGAAUUGGGCUCCGAACAUCUCGAGCCAAUAACAAACGUAACAAAGAUGUAUAUUGUACUGUUUAAGAUGAGAUUCCUCACUCUUUUUCCCGACAAGUUAACGGAAACGCUGGGAAACGCAUAUCAGGAAUUGAGUGUACAAGGCUGCACCUUCAUUUUAAAGAUUGUCGACAUGGCUAUCCGAGUGGCACCUGCUGAAGCUGGCCAAAUCUUCUAUCGACUGCUUGGCUUUGUCCUCGACGAGAUUACGGCUGAUGCAUACAUCCGAGAGCUGACUAACACGUCAUUUUCGAUCUGGUGUCGUCUCUUGCUGUUCGCCGAACCGAUAGCUAUGCGUGUCUUAGCUGACCGUGCGGCCCUAACUGCUAGUGCCAACAACAAUGCCCACGCUCACGGCGAUCAAGCGAUCACUCGGCAACAACCCCAAGCACCGAUCGACAUCGAUGGCGAAAUGAAGGUCGUUCUCGAUUGGUGGCUUAAGAAGAUGUCAUCGGUAACAGUCGUCCAGAUUCAAAAACUAAUGGCAAUAACUCUGUUGCGACUGUUAGUUGAUCAUUGGAGCCCUGUGAUGUACAACAAAGUAUGCGCAAUUGCUUUAGCGGUAUCUGAACUCCUUAACGAUAUCGUCGAGCCGGCGACUCGCGGUGAAGGUGACGACCAAACCUCGUCGGGAAGCCCAGGAACGUCGGGGUCAGCUUUAGUUGACCUUCUUCUCAUCCCAGAGGAUGCUACAGAAAACGCCUGGACAGAGUUGGAAUUUGACACAGCGAGUCGACAUAGUGCUCGCAUGUUUGAGAUUAUCAAACGCGACGUAGCCCACACCAUUGUCCUCUCGGACUUUCUCCUGCAUCAGAUGCGUUCAUUGGCAGCAAAAAUUGGCGAGAAGCAAUUUGCCGAAGUUUUACAGGAAAUUGAUUGUGAAACGCGAAACACGUUAGAGGAUCUGACUAAAGCGGGAAUGUUUUGCACUUUGACUAGGUAGUGAUAGAUAUUGUGAUAU